UUCCUCUCUGAGAGACGUCACAUGGCAGGCAGGGAGUGGAUGCAGCCUGUAAUGCAAUUACAUGUGGAAGAGCUGAAAGCAAAUGCACUUCGGCUGGAAUUUACCGGACUGUGGAAGGACAGAAUUGUUUUAAUGGAUUAAUUCAGCUCGGACGGAUUUGUUUUAAGUUGUUGUUGCUGUUUUUUUUCCUAACGUGGCCCACGUACAUGCCUGGAGAUGUUUUUGUGGCGGGUUUUCCUGUAACAGAACUGUUCCAGUCUGGUGGUCGGAAGGGAAUUGUGAAUAGUGAAACUCCGCCAUAUUCAGCUUUUUACCACGCCCGGAGUGAGCGACUGGAGAGCGACAGACAGGGAGAAAAACCCACGAUUUCAUGGCACUGGGAUUAUACAAACGAUUUGUUGAAGUGGAUUCAAGCGUGGGGAGGAUUACAGCACUUUGAAUUGUUACACACGAGGAUUCAAGCCGUUUAGAUUUCUCUGUAUACUCCUAUAUAAUGAGCUUUAAACAAAUCGAUUAGCCAUGGAGAGCCGAAAUGAUCUGCUGCUUAUAAAGUGAGCUUUAUAUGCACGUGCGCAGUCUUCUCGCCUCAGGUCAGGGGUCGCGUUUGUUUGUUUGUUUGUCUGUAUAAAAGCUAUGAUAGAUAAUACAUAAUUACAGAAAAUUAUUUUUUGGUUUAUGAAAUUGCGUCGACGUUUCAUGAAUCGCCCCCCUUCUCCUCCUUCUUCUUCUCCUCCUCCUCCUCUCCUGUUCUCCACUCUGGACUGACAAACUACAGGAAAACUAGCCUUUACUACUUCUUCUUCUUCUUCUUCGUUUUCUUCUUCUUCGUCUUCUUCUUCUUCAUCUUCACGCGCGCUUAGUUGUCAACACCGAGAUUUUCAGUCUUUCUCUCUUUCUUCAAUGGAAUAGCUGAGAAACUUCUAAACAAGCCAGCAUUUAAAACCAAAACGGUCAUUUAUUAUUUCAUUUCGGAAAGAAACAUGACUCUGGACUCCAUAAUGGCGUGUUGCCUCAGCGAAGAGGCAAAGGAAGCGAGGCGGAUCAACGACGAGAUAGAGAGGCAGCUCCGCCGGGACAAGAAGGACUCCCGCCGCGAGCUCAAGCUCCUGCUGCUCGGGACUGGCGAGAGCGGCAAGAGCACCUUCAUCAAGCAGAUGAGGAUCAUUCACGGUUCGGGCUACUCAGAGGAGGACAAGAAAGGAUUCAUCAAGCUGGUCUACCAGAACAUAUUCACGUCUGUUCAAGCCAUGAUUCGAGCCAUGGACACCCUCCAGAUUCCCUACAAAUAUGAACAUAACAAGGGCAAUGCAAAUACUGUUCGAGAAGUGGACGUAGAGAAGGUUACAGUGUUCGUAAAUCCAUAUGUAGAUGCCAUUAAGAGUUUAUGGAACGAUCCAGGAAUCCAGGAGUGCUAUGAUCGAAGGAGAGAAUACCAGCUCUCAGAUUCGACCAAAUACUACCUGAAUUCAUUGGAUAGGAUUGCUGACACGUCAUACGUGCCCACGCAGCAGGAUGUGCUGAGGGUCAGAGUGCCCACCACGGGCAUCAUCGAGUACCCUUUUGACCUGCAGAGCGUCAUAUUCAGGAUGGUGGACGUGGGCGGCCAGCGGUCAGAGAGACGCAAGUGGAUCCACUGCUUUGAAAACGUCACCUCCAUCAUGUUUCUGGUGGCGCUGAGCGAAUACGACCAAGUCCUGGUUGAAUCUGAUAAUGAGAAUCGAAUGGAGGAAAGCAAAGCUCUGUUUAGGACAAUCAUAACGUAUCCCUGGUUCCAGAAUUCCUCAGUCAUUUUGUUUUUGAACAAGAAGGACCUCCUGGAGGAGAAAAUCAUGUUUUCACAUCUUGUAGAUUACUUUCCUGAGUAUGAUGGCCCCCAGAGAGACGCUCAGGCAGGGAGGGAGUUCAUCCUGAAGAUGUUUGUCGACCUGAAUCCCGACAGUGACAAAAUCAUCUAUUCUCACUUUACUUGCGCGACAGACACGGAAAACAUCCGCUUCGUCUUCGCCGCCGUCAAGGACACCAUUUUGCAGCUCAACCUGAAGGAGUACAAUCUGGUGUAAACAGACGAACGAAACGUGGCGUCAGCUUCAGCUUAACUUUAAAAUGACAUGCAGAAGCCGUCCAGGGCGACGUUGAUUUCUUCUUUUUUUUUUUUUUUUUUUUUCCCCACAGGCAAAUUGGAGACUGAUUUUACCAUUUUGUCUUUGGGCAAUAAUAUCAAUGAAAACAAACUGCUCACUACUGCGUAAUUUAUUUGCACCUUGGAGCUCGUUCACAGGGUCCAUUUUGAAUUUUGUUAUUCCAUUUUAAAGAGAAAUGAUGCUAGUGAACGUUUUAUGAUCGUCCUGCCACACGAUCAGAGGAGCCACAGCGGAGUUUUGCGGUUUCAUUCAGAAAGCGCUUCGCUCUCCGUGUGAGAGUUAAGGAAUGUACACACUUGGUUAAUUACUGAUUAAGAUGAGUACUUUCGUCAGAUUAUCAUCCGAAGAUUGAGAGGUUGCUAGAAAGUCAUUAAAAUUAUUUUUUCCCAUUAUAUUUAAGUACGUCAACUGGUGACCAUUUUCUGUUCAAAGUCUGAGGAGACAGGUUAGGUUCAGCGAGGGGCGGGGUUUACUUUAAAAGCUGCCAUUUGUUGUCUUUAUGAUGAUUAACAGUGAAUGGUUAAGAGUACAAGUGCCACAUUUUGCUUUUAAAUAUGCUUCUUAUAUAUUGCCAAAGUAAUAUACGCUCCACUAACAUUAGCCAUCCCUCUGUUCACUCUAUAACAGUAAGUCAUCAGUAUUUCAGCAGUAUUUCAGUCAAUUUAAUGUCAGUCUGUUUCUUUUGCUGCCUGAUAUCUGAGGUGCCAUUUUUGCCCCAAAAGUCUCUCUAAAAUGGUCAGAUCACUUUGGGAACUUUGGGGUCUUUUGACACAACUUUCACACUUUCAGUAUAUUCUUCAUAAUCAUGAAAUCCGAAUGUGCAAUCAGUGUUUAAAGCAAGGCCAGUGUAAUGAAUGAAUGGUGGGUUUCUGUAUCAUGUUCCUUCAAAAUGAAUUUAGCAUGUCGUCCUUCCAAACAGGAAAAAUGCAACUUAGGACAAUGCAAUCUCAAUGCUAUUAUCAUUUUCCAUUAAAUUUCCUUUUCAUCCUAAAUGGUUUAAUACAAGCUUUCACUGAGGAAGGGCUGCUGUUAUAGAAAAAUAAAUGGCGGUAUUAGUGAUUUGUGAUGUUUGCCAUUGGAAUGUUGUGGAAAAUGAUCCAUAAUGAAAUCCUUGUUUUUUUUCUCAUGGUCUGUUGGUGUUAAUUUGCUGGUGUUUAAAUCAUUCCUAAACUGACUCGAAUUAAACUUCACUUGCUUGUUA